AUGAAGCCCAGUCUCAGCGCCGUCGUGUACAUCCUGUUCGCCGCAGAAUCGGUCUCUGGCCGAAUCCUCAAGAGGCGAUAUUACAAGAGGAAUAACGAGGAGUAUUGGGCUAUGGAUGGUACUUGCGACGCCAAGACCAACAUGUGCUCGUACAGAAAGACGUGCCACGGCGGUACAGAGUUUUGCCAAUUCCCGGGCGAGCGCUGGGAAAAAUUGCACUUUGACGCCAAAACAUAUCAUAAGCCUUGUUUUGAUGGCCCAAAGGAGAGGUGCUACCGGACUGGCGACUAUUGCAACGGCCACGGGGAGAAGCAUGCGCAGACUUGCACGUAG